GGGGCCGGGGCUGGGCCCCGCUGGCUCCGCUCUGCUCCGCCGGCUCCUCGGCAGGGCAGCGUCCGCCGGCGGCUCGGGCCGGGAGGCGAAGGGCGGUCGCGGGACGGCGGGCAGCGCCCUUCGGCAGCAGAGGACAAAAUGGCCAAAAUGGAGGUCAAGACGUCACUUUUAGACGACAUGAUAGGGGUGGGAGAUAUGGUUCUUUUAGAGCCACUUAAUGAAGAUUCGUUCAUCAAUAACCUGAAGAAGCGCUUUGAUCACAAUGAAGUUUAUACGUACAUUGGCAGUGUGGUGAUAUCAAUUAACCCCUACAGAUCUCUACCCAUUUAUACUCCAGAGAAAGUGGAAGAAUACAGAAACCGAAACUUUUAUGAACUCAGUCCUCACAUCUUUGCUCUGGCUGAUGAAGCUUACAGGUCUUUAAGGGACCAGGACAAAGACCAAUGCAUCCUUAUUACAGGAGAGAGUGGAGCUGGGAAAACAGAGGCCAGCAAACUUGUUAUGUCAUAUGUAGCUGCUGUGUGUGGAAAAGGGGCAGAGGUUAAUCAAGUAAAAGAACAACUUUUGCAGUCAAAUCCAGUCCUUGAAGCUUUUGGAAAUGCCAAAACGGCGCGGAAUGACAACUCCUCUAGAUUUGGAAAAUACAUGGAUAUUGAGUUUGAUUUCAAAGGUGACCCACUUGGGGGAGUUAUAAGCAACUAUCUACUAGAGAAGUCUCGUGUUGUUAAGCAGCCCAGAGGUGAAAGAAACUUCCACAUUUUCUAUCAGAUCCUGUCUGGUGCAUCAGAAGAGUUUCUCUGCAAACUCAAACUGGAGAGGGACUUCAGCAGAUACAACUACCUGGGCCUUGAUUCUGCCAGAGUGAAUGGAGUGGAUGAUGCUUCAAACUUCAGAACAGUCAGGAAUGCAAUGCAGAUUGUUGGGUUUAUGGAUCAUGAAACACAGUCGGUUUUUGAAGUAGUGGCAGCCGUUCUGAAACUGGGAAAUAUCGAAUUUAAGCCUGAAUCUCGUGCGAAUGGCCUAGAUGAAAGUAAAAUCAAAGAUAAAAAUGAACUCAAGGAAAUCUGUGAGUUGACAGGUAUAGACCAGUCUGUGUUGGAGAGAGCUUUCAGCUUCCGGACGGUUGAGGCCAAACAAGAGAAAGUUUCAACAACACUAAAUGUGGCUCAGGCUUAUUAUGCCCGUGAUGCUCUGGCUAAGAAUUUAUACAGUCGCCUGUUCUCCUGGCUUGUUACCAGAAUCAAUGAGAGCAUUAAGGCACAAACAAAAGUGAGAAAGAAGGUGAUGGGAGUGCUGGACAUCUAUGGCUUUGAAAUUUUUGAGAAUGCAGACAACAGCUUUGAGCAAUUCAUUAUCAACUACUGUAAUGAGAAGUUGCAGCAGAUCUUCAUUGAACUUACCCUCAAAGAAGAGCAGGAGGAAUACAUCCGAGAGGGGAUUGAAUGGACUCAUAUCGAAUAUUUCAACAAUGCUAUCAUUUGUGACCUAAUAGAAAAUAACCAAACUGGAAUCCUGGCCAUGCUGGACGAAGAAUGUCUGAGACCAGGAACUGUUACCGAUGACACCUUUUUAGAAAAGCUGAACCAGGUCUGUGCCACUCACCAGCAUUUUGAGAGCAGGAUGAGCAAGUGCUCCCGGUUCCUCAAUGACACCUCCCUGCCUCACAGCUGCUUCAGGAUUCAGCACUAUGCUGGCAAGGUUAUGUACCAGGUGGAAGGAUUUGUUGACAAAAAUAAUGAUCUUCUGUACCGUGACCUCUCCCAGGCCAUGUGGAAGGCCAACCACUCCCUUAUCAAAGCAUUGUUCCCAGAAGGAAACCCUGCUAAGAUCAAUCUAAAGAGACCACCAACGGCAGGUUCACAGUUCAAGGCUUCAGUUGCUACCCUGAUGAAAAAUCUCCAGAAUAAAAAUCCAAACUAUAUCAGGUGCAUCAAGCCCAAUGAAAAAAAGGCUGCAGACAUUUUCAACGAGGCCCUGGUGUGCCACCAGAUCCGGUACCUCGGGCUCCUGGAGAACGUGCGGGUCAGGAGGGCGGGUUACGCCUUCCGGCAGGCCUACGAGCCCUGCCUGGAGAGGUACAAAAUGCUCUGCAGGCAGACAUGGCCCCACUGGAGAGGGCCGGCCAGGGCUGGAGUAGAGGUGCUGUUUAAUGAAUUGAGAAUCCCUGAAGAGGAAUUUUCAUUUGGCAGAUCAAAGAUAUUCAUCCGCAACCCAAGAACACUCUUCAAACUAGAAGACCUGAGGAAGCAGCGUUUGGAGGACUUGGCUACUCUGAUUGAAAAGAUUUACAGAGGCUGGAAGUGCCGUACCCGCUUCUUGUUAAUGAAAAGAUGCCAGAUUGUGAUUGCUUCCUGGUACAGGAGAUACGCACAACAAAAAAGAUACCAGAAGAUAAAGAGUUCGGCUAUUACAGUGCAGUCGUACAUCAGAGGGUGGAAGGCUCGGAAACUUCUUCGGGAACUCAAGCAUCUGAAGCGUUGUAAUGAGGCUGCCACAGUAAUUGCUGCUUAUUGGCAUGGUACCCAGGCACGAAGGGAACUGAGACGACUGAAAGACGAGGCUAGAAAUAAACAUGCUAUUGCUGUUAUUUGGGCUUUCUGGCUUGGAUAUAAGGCUCGGAGGGAGUUGAAACGCUUGAAGGAGGAGGCUAGGCGUAAGCAUGCUGUGGCAGUCAUUUGGGCUUACUGGCUUGGACUGAAGGUCCGUAGAGAAUACAGGAAAUUCUUCAGAGCCAAUGCUGGAAGAAAAAUUUAUGAAUUUACCCUUCAGAGAAUUAUGCAAAAAUACUUCUUGGAAAUGAAGAAUAAGAUGCCUUCUUUAUCACCAAUAGAUAAAACCUGGCCAGCGAGGCCUUACCUUUUCUUGGAUUCAACUCACAAAGAACUAAAGAGGAUUUUCCAUUUGUGGAGGUGUAAAAAGUACAGAGAUCAGUUCACAGAUCAGCAGAAGCUUAUAUAUGAAGAAAAACUGGAAGCAAGUGAACUUUUCAAGGACAAGAAGGCUUUAUAUCCAGCCAGUGUUGGGCAGCCAUUCCAAGGGGCUUACUUGGAGAUCAGUGAGAACCCCAAGUACAAAAAACUCACAGAUGCCGUGGAUGAAAAGAUCAUUAUUGCAGAAGUUGUGAAUAAGAUCAAUAGAGCCAAUGGGAAGGCUGCGUCCAGGAUUUUCUUACUAACCAAAAAUAAUGUUCUUCUUGCGGACCAAAAAUCUGGGACUAUCAAGUCAGAGGUUCCAUUGGGAGACGUUACCAAGGUGUCCAUGAGCUCCCAAAAUGAUGGAUUCUUUGCAGUGCACCUCAAGGAGGGUUCAGAAGCUGCCAGUAAAGGAGAUUUCCUGCUCAGCAGCAAUCACCUUAUUGAAAUGGCCACUAAACUUUACCGCACUACUCUCAGCCAAACCAAACAGAAGCUCAACAUUGAGAUAUCUGAUGAGUUCCUGGUCCAGUUCAAACACGAAAAAGUGUGUGUGAAGUUCAUACAAGGCAGCCAGAAAAACGGCAACAUCCCAACUUGCAAGCGAAAAAACAAUCGGCUUCUUGAAGUGGCUGUCCCUUAACUGCAGCUGGUGACUCUCCCUUUCAUGGACUUGUUUCUUUGUAAUAGUGCAAUUUUAGUUGUUUGGUUUUGCUAUUUUUAUCCCUUUCUGGAGCUGUUGAUGGCUAAAUAGCUUUAGAAACCCUUGGCAAAACAUUUGAUCGAUCAACUUUGAAAUCUUUUUGUCCAUGCCAGAGUUUUAACCCUCGAAUCGCAGACUUUUAUCCAGUGAGGCAUUUUUACCAGCUGGCACAUAUCUGUCAUACAACAAAUCAUUCUCUUUGUUUAGCAGCCGUAUUUUAGUGCAGCAUAGCAUAAACCCACAUAUUAAUGAUGAAGUACUCAUAUUCCUUAGUGUAGAGAUCCACUUAACCGGAAUGACACGUGGCCUUGAUGCUGGGUGGCCGUUUGUGCCCGGUGUCCUUUUAUCCCGACCUGUCCAGAGGGCUGACAGAGGCUCCUCAGGUCCCACCCCUGUGCAGACCAGUGGAGCAGAGGCUGAUACAACAACUCCUGUAGCUCACACUAGGACAUAUGUAACUCAACCUUCCCAUCAAUGCAGCACAGAAACAUCUAAUCCUGCAAAAUAGGAGGAAUAGAUGAUUACACAAGCAGCUACACCCAUCAUUUUAUAGAAAAACAUGUGGAAAUUUCGAAACAGCAUUUUUAAUUAGGUCAGAUGUUUUUAAUGACUUUAUAAAGUAGAAUUCAGCAGAAUUAAAGAAGCUUUUUCUUUUUUUCACAAAAGCUAUAAAGUUCAAGGCAUAUUUUCUGUUCUGCUUUUUUUCUUUUAAAUUAUCAUUUAAGAUUAGAGCCUGAAAAAUGCAAUAGUAUUCAUAACACAAGUAAAUGCUAGUUAUUUAAACAGCUAGUUAUCAAGUGAAAGGUUUGAGCCUUUCUUUUAAAUAUUGGCAUGUACAAUGUGCAAUAAAACAUACGUGACAUUUUGUGAGAAUUAUUUAUAAUACACUUUUGUGUGGAAGAGAGAGGAUUGGUGCAGACUGCAUAGACAAUGUAAGGGUUAAAAUAGAUCUGUUUUGUUAAUUUGCAGUUUUUAGAGUGUACACUACAGUUGUCAAUUUGGGAAGAAUACUUAGAAUUAAAAAAAGAAAAAAUCCUUAAUUUGGGGGUCUGUAUAUAAAUUGGUAUUAUGGUAAUAAAACUGUUCUAAUUCUGUGCUGUUUGGUACUCCUAUGUUAUAACCAUAUUUUUGUACUCCAAACUAUUUUAUAUAACUCGUGUGCCUGAUGUAAAUGCGUGCACAGAAAAUGCAAUCAAGAGCCGCAUUAUAAAUCUUCAGUGUAACUGAUUGCACUUAAUCUUUUAUAAGCCACAAGCAUUAGCUGAAAUCCUUGAGAGGAGAGAUGCUUUGCCAGAAGGAAGGAACUGCUCAUGUGAAGGGUUUGUGGGAUGUGACUGUGUGAUUUGUUGAUGUGAAGACAGCGGAGAAAGCGCGUUGUAUUUUUGCAGUCUGAUAUAGGACAGAUUAAGGCCCUGGCUAUCUGAUGUGCAGUGCUGGAAGUCUGAGCAUAAAUAAAAGAAAGAUAAAGAAAAGUUCAGAGUCUCCUUCCUGUCCCGGUGGGGAUGUGAUGUAGCGCUCACGGCUGUGAAGGCUCCUCUGGGUAGUUCAACGUUAAAACAGUGUUCACUGCAAUAGGUGUUCAAGUGCUAGUGGUUAUUAGUCUGAACAAUACAACUGGUUUGGGUUACACCACACUCUGCUUUGGGAUUAAAUGGUUUUUCUAUGAUUUGGACACAAAACAAUUGUUUUUACAGGCUGCUUCAAUGUUGCUGCUAAAAGUCCAUACAUGCGACCUUGAAAGGUGGGACUAAUCAGAAGAUCUAUUUCCCAAACUGACACAAAGGUGCCUCUUCCUCAUAAUUGUAGUUCAAACCCUUCUUCAAAUAAAUGAGUCAGGUUAAUAGUUUAAUAAAAUUUAAAUAAUUUUACAUGUAUUGUAAUUAUAGAUGCUUGUGAAGGAAAUUUUAGGAUAGAUUUGUGAUGCAAAAUUAUGAUACUUGAAAGGAAUUGUUCCAUUGCCUUAAGAAGACAGCACAUAAUAAUAACAAUGUGGCAUUUAAAACUCCUAAAUCCCGUAUUAGAAUUUCUGCUCGGGAAAGAUUGGAGAGUUUGUAAAACUGUUCACUGUCUUGGAAACCUUUACAGUAAGAACCACACACAGCAAAUUCUGAAAAUUAAUACAAAAGUAAGAAAAACAAACAUUUGAAAUCUGGUGUAAUUCUGUAGUUGUUUGUAGGUAAGAAAUGGGAGAGUUUAGAUUAAGAACAUCUUGAUAUUUGGCCCAUGAAACUAGGGUAUUACAGGAUGGUGUUAGGAUAUUUGUCCCAUCCCAGCCAGGUCCAGUACACAUCCCUUCUAGUUUUUGAUCUUUGCAGCAAGUCUUAAUAGCCAUACCUGCAAAAGACUGGAAGAGGGACAAACUCCUCACCUUGGUUUCUCUUGUUUCCUUUCUUUUUUGGGACUUCUGCAAUUUUUACCUUACAUAUUAGCUGGUACUUUGUGACAAUUACCUUUUGACUCUUGAAUACUUCUCAAUGGACAGAGCAAGUUUUGCAGAACAUGAAUUAUUAGAUAUACUAGCAGAACCAUGGCAUCUUGAUGUUUAGAUUUAAGUAUCUAGGAUGUUGAAAAUAAAAAUGCAAGGUCAUCUAGCCACCUGGACUUUUUUUUUUCUUUUCCUCUGUUUUCUUUUAUAACUGUCUAUCAAAUGGAGUUGUAAAGAGAAGAGUAUUCCUCCCAUGGUGCUAACCUUACUUUUGCAUCCUUUUACUUUGUAAAUGCUAUUCUUUCAUCUCAAAGCUGGGCAAGGAUCAUUAAGAAAAAAACUUGUUGCAUGAUGCUUUCUAGAAUCAAAUAAAAUUCUGUUUCUAUACCUA